AUGGACAUGCAAGAACAAGCAAAGGCUUUGUACAGAGGGGAAUCCUUGGCUCCUAUGGUUCGCGCCUCCACGACACCGCUAAGAACAUUGGCCUUGCACUAUGGAGCAGACUUUACCUACACGGAAGAAUUGGUGGACCGGUCAAUUGCCGAUACACAACGGGUUGAGAAUGAGAGUCUAGGCACCAUUGACUACGUCAAAGAUAAAUCUAAAUUGUCGAAAAAGACGCAACGAAAAUUGAAGCGCGACAACAAUCGACCUUGUUUGAUAUUGAGAAUUGACAAAAAGCUGGAAACCGACCGAAAUAAUUUGGUAUGUCAAUUGGGAACAGGAGAGCCAGAACUCGCUCUGCCUGCCGCAAAGCAUGUGUAUAAAGAUGUAGCAGCUAUUGACAUAAAUAUGGGGUGCCCGAAAAAGUUCUCCGUCUCUGGAGGAAUGGGAUCAGCAUUACUGAAGGAUCCAGAUCGGGCGGCACGAAUUGUCAAAACACUGCGAGCUGAGAUACCCCGGCCGGUCUCUGUCAAAAUACGGCUUUUACCAUCCAUUCAACAAACUGUGGACUUUUGUCAAGCCAUGAUCAAUGCGGGUGCUAAUGCUCUGGCCAUUCAUGCGAGGAAGGCUGGAACGGACUCGACAGUCAAUGCUGAUUGGGGCAACCUGAAAGAAGUCUUGGGAUUGUUGCGACCAAAGUACCCAGACUUUCCAUUCUUGGUGAAUGGGGACUUUUAUGAACGAGAGGAGCGAAACCAAUUUAUGGAAGAGACCAAAAUAGAUGGCUUCUUGUUGGGUCGGCCAGCCUUGUACAACACAUCAACAUUUUUGCCAAGGAAGUCACCAUUGGUGGACAAGACCAAUGUGAUUCAGGAGUACAUACGGCAAGCGAUGCGAUAUGAAAUUCAUUACAAGAAUGCAAAGUACGUCAUCUGUGAAAUGAUGAACAACCGACGAGCGCCAACCGAUCGCGUGCCAUAUUUGCCGCAAGCCUACAAAGGUGGCCAAACAAUCGCUAAGACUUGCAAUUGCAGCGACUACAAGGGCAUCUGCCAGGUAUGGAAUGUUCAGUGGUCAUCCUCGGCGAACCUUGCGAAGGAAAUGGCAGCUGCUGGCGAACACCGAUACGAAGACUCGUACUUUUUGAAGCGCAACAAUGCAUCCUCCUCUGUUAUUGAUACCAGCAGUAUUGAAAUUGGGAAUGCAGCCAAAAGGUCCAGAGUUGAAGUUCCGGCGAGCGGCAAUGCGAAUACCAACGACGAUAAAGUCGAAUCUCCCCCAAACAAGGAGGAAGCUGUAGCAGCUGGAGGAUCUAGGCUGCAUUGCACCAUCCAUUAG